AUGGCAACCGCGGGGCGUGCCAUGUUCAACGCCCCGAGACCAGCAUGCGCUCGGCGGCGGCGCGCAGGAGCCACCCGCGCCACCGCCGACCCAGCGGCGGCGCCGCCGACGGGCUCCGCCGCUGCCACCGACCUCCAGGCGCUGAAAGAAUGGGCGCCCACCUGCGCAGCGCUCGCUGCCGGAGAGCAGACGAUCCUGCUGCGCAAGGGGGGCAUCAGGGAGCCCACCUUCACGCCCGCCGCCCGCGAGUUCCUGCUCUUCCCAACCAGCUUCCACACAGAAGCCGAGCUGCUGAAGCCGGCGGCGGCGCAGCGGUACGCUGCGGAGGUGCGGUAUGACCCCAGGGCCCACCCGCGCCUCACCUUUGCCACCGCCGCCGCCGUCACCGGCGCCUGGACCACCGUUGACCCGGCGGUCCUGCAGCUGCUGGACGAGCUGCACGUGUGGGGGCCGGGGUUUCUGGAGAACCGGCUGCGGUGGCGGGCGCGGCAGCCCAUCACCGUGCUGGAGCUGCGGGCGUACCGCCUGCACUCGCCGCUCGUACUGCCCGCAGAGGACCACUUCUGGGGCUGCUUCUCCUGGGUGGGGCUGGGCAACCCCCAGCCGCUGGCUGCGGCGGCGCAGCAGGGGCAGCUGGCGGCGGCGGGGGCGCCGGCGCUGCAGGACGCCGCGUUUGCGGCCAAGCAGCAGCUGUGCAGGCGGCAGCUGGCGCAGCUCGCAGAUCUGCAGGAGCUGAGCCUCUGAUGCCGCCUCCUCGCAGCGGGGGCGCCUUGUUGGUUAGCUGAGCUGCUGCUAGAUGGGGAUGCCUCUGCUUUGGACCUUGCCUCGGGCUGCCUGCUUGAGACUAGUUGGCUGCCGCAGCUGCCUGAAUGCUUUCAUGUGGUGCGAUGCGUGUCUUAGCAUGCGCUACUCGAUCCGCUCAUUCAUCUGCUCCAAUCAAAACCAUGCAAGCAUAAUGACUGU